AUGGGCGGGCUGGAGGCCACCAUCUCCACCGCCAAUGCCGAUGGCUCCAUCUGUGAUGGUCGUGCAGCAGCAGCCCACGGUCGUGCAGUCGCCCGACGAACAGCCCGUGAUUGUGCAGCUGCCUUCCCAUCCAGGAGCCUCGCUGUGCCCGGCGUGGUUGGCGCCGCCCCCGCGGCGAGCGGCGCCGCCGCCCGGCGCGGGCGCCGC